UCGGCAGGGCCUGUUGUACUUCGGGUUUGGAUUUGAGUGGCAGGGACAUGUGACUGCUGUGCAAGGGGUUAUUUUUGGUGUCUGGGUGUCGGCCUCUCGUCAGAAGUCACGGCAAGUUAGCGCGAGAUGCACUUGGGGAGGCUCCGAAAACGGCAGGCAUGGUUGCGUGAGCUUUUCAACUUUCGAACAUGGGUUGUUGCUUCAGCAAAGAAGUCAGCAGUGACAGGGACAGCGAAAAAGCUGGCCUGUUGCCUGAAUCUGUGGAGGAGGCGGAGUCAGGGCACCAGAUAAGUAAAGCUUUGUCUUCAUUAUUUGAUACCCUUGAAGGUGAGGAGCUGCCCAGCGUCCGACAUGGAGGCGGCGGCGGAGCGGCUGCUGGAGCCGCUCUGUGGGUGAGGGCUUCCACGAGGACGGGGCCCCCGCGGGGGCUGAGGCUGUCGUUGGACUCUGUGUCCCCUCCUGUGCCCCAGUUCCUGCCUAGGUCUGAAAGCUUCGAGGAGAGAGAGACGAAUUCAGAGGCUGUUGCUCUUGAGCACAGUUGUGGCCGUGUCUCGGUCACUCGCAGUGUGAGCUCUGCCGGGGAACAGGGUUUCUCUGAAGACAUUCGUCCCAAAGGUGACGCGGCUCUGUCUUCUGGCCAGGGCGUGCAGGGAGGCGCCCUCGUAGGGAGCCAUCUCGGCCGUCCCCCAGCCGCUCGCAUAAAUGCCCUCACCGAGCACGACAGGGUGGUAAACGUUCAGAUCCGAAGUGACAGUAGCUCUUCAGACAGGUCUGGUGGGGGGGUGACGGGCAGACACCCUGUUUGCAGUGGUCACCAGGCACAUGGGGCUCGGAGAGAGAGCGAGUUGUACAGUGUUUGUGUUGUAGAUCCUGACAGCCUGGGCCUUGCCGAGGAGCUGGGUGCCCCUGUGUGUGGCGCAGCUGCCGGGGAAGACAGUUGCUCAGCUGUCACCUCUGAGGAACUUCGCACAGGGGCCCGGCCGCCGGGGAAGGCUGCACAAGGCCCAGGACAGUUAGCUGCCCCGCAGGAAGAGCGGUCCCCACGGGGCAUGCCCAGCCCAAAUGAAAGGAAGGAAGUUUUUAAGGAAAAUACUAAACCUGGUUUGGAACUAACAACUGUGUCUUUAAGGGCUCACGCUUAUACCGGGUUCCCUCAAGAUUGCACAGAAAGCAGCACAGUAUGUAAUGCGGGCACACUCCCUGCGCUUAACCGUAACGUGGGCACUAGCUCCCCGGGACGUGUGUGUGCCCUCCCUGAAGGAAGUGAGAACUGUAGUCUAGAACAGGUAAGUCCCACGGGUGACUCGCACGUUGAUUCACUAACCCACCCUUCAGAAACGGAGAGAAAUGGUGAAUCUGGGGCUGUAGCAGCGAGCGUAGGCCAGAGCUCUAACUCUGAAAAGGAAAGAGAAGAUAGUUCUUUGAGACCACUGAAAGAUAGUGAUUAUUUCCGCUUUGAUGUUAGCAGGCCAGAAGGUAGUCUGCUUCCCCGGAGUCUAGAUAGGAUUCAUCCGAGUUGGGAAAGCUGUGUCCCUUGCCUGAGCCUUAGAAACCAGCGUCUUCCCAUUCAUGCCAGUUUCCGAGAAGCAGCCCGUAAUGGACCCGGUGAUGCUGGACCGGCCCGCCUGCUGGGGCCAGCCAUGGCCGGGGGGCAGCAGCCCAGUGUCUGCGGCCUGAGACCUGGAAGCAUCCAGCCCGUGAACAAAGCACACUUGUCUUUGCAAUCUGAAAGUAGUUCAUCUUACCCAGAUAAGGAUAAAAUGAGCAUUUUUGAAGAAGAGGGUCAUGGACAGAGGGCUUGCGAAUGGAGACCUUCACAUCAGGUGGCAGACCUGUGUGCAGACCCUGGGGCCAGCGCGGCCCAAGCACAGACCUGCGAUGUAGCUGCUGCGCUGUGCAAGACGGGCGCAAAGGGGGUGUUCCCCAGAACAGGCACCCCGGAACUCGGAAGCUCCCAGGAAGUGCCCCCAGAUGGCAAGUCUCUGGACGGCUCCCGCUGUUUGCAGGGUGGCUUUAUUUCCCCUGCGUUUGCUUUCGCCGGCCCAGAACGUGAAACUGGCCCGUGUGUUAAAACGGAAGAUGUGGUGUGUGUGAAGAGCGCAGUGAGCGACCGGCCAGGGUCGGGAGGGGCCCGAAAAGAGUCACUGAAGGCCAGUCCAAGAGAGCCCCGUGAGGAUGACAGAGGAGAUGUGAAGUCAGACUCGGAAACCGCCUCCCUCUGGGGGACCAGCGCAGCACCCCACGGGGCGGCUCCUGGGCUGGCGACCUCCACGGCGCCACCUGGUGGCAGCAGCCGCUGCCCACAGGAGGGCGGCGCGGCCGGAGCCCUGAGUGCUUGCAGAUGGGAGGGUCCGGGUCGCGCUCCGCCUCUGAGCCAGGGUUGGAGUUCGGGUGAGCAGAGGUCACAGGUAGGAGAGACGGACUCUCUUCACAGCCGUGAAGAGGCAGGACUGCCGCAGGUUUGCUCGGACUCGGCUGAGGAGUGCGCGGAUGCCUUAGGGGGUGGCGCGACGGGGUCGACCGGGCCGGCAGCAGCAGGUCAGGGGCGGGAGAGGGACAGCAUCCACGCUUGCUGGGUGAGCACACACGCACGCCACAUCGGGCAGAGUCGUGCCCGACCCGUGCCCAGUGGCCCUGCGUGGAGCGGCGGAGUGGACGUUGUGGGAAGUCCACAGGUGACUGUCCGAGAAAUGGAGCUGGGGGAGACUCUCGAGGCGUGUUCCCGUGUGGCCCGAGUGGAUGGAUGCACAGACCCUCCUCACGAGGUGCUGCAGGUGGUUCCCGUCCCCCUAGGGGACAGUGCAGAAAUAGCAGUGCCACACGGCGGGGCCCGUGUCUUCCCCCUCCCAGGAGACGCUGUAAAUACACCUGCGAGUCCCGCAGGAGGGGACUUGCCCAGCUUCCCAGGGCCGUGGUGCUCCCCGUCUCUGCAUGAACCUGCCUGUUACCCAGUGGGAGCGUUUGCAAGUGCGACAUUUUCUGAGGGACUGGCCGACGGCUGCCGGGAGCAUCCAGAGGGCUGCACGUGGGCUUGCGCCGUCGGGAACAAGGCCUUGGAAGAGGAGCAGGUGCCCAGCGCGUGUCUGCACGGGAGGCCGCUGGCCGUAGAGGUCGCUCUCUUGUGGCUGGAGAAGCCCCCCUACCAGCUACCAGCGGCAGAAGAGGCUGUUCUCUGGGGAUGGCAGAAUAGAGGUGGACAGUUAGUACCGACAGCCAAGGUUUCGGAGCUAAACCCUAAUGCUAAAGUGUGGGGGACGCCGGUGUUGCACUUGGAAGCGGGCAGCGCGGCGGACGGCGGUGUGAGUGCCGCCUGGGCGGAGCCGUCGGGCCCUUGCACGGACCGCAGCCAGGAGGGAUUGGAUGCCAAUGGUGAUGGUGACAAAAGUCGUGAGAAUGUGGCGCUGUCAGAUUUGCAGGAGUCAGACCAGACCGCGGUGAGCUCUUUGGCUCUGGGUCGCUCGGAACAUGAGUCUCCGCCUGAAAAUAGCGAGACCGGAGGAAAUGAGUCUCAGCCGGAAAGCCCGGAGGACCCCCGAGAAGUACUUAAAAAGACGUUGGAAUUCUGCUUAUCUAGGGAGAACCUGGCUAGCGACAUGUACCUUAUAUCGCAGAUGGACAGUGAUCAGUAUGUGCCAAUCACCACGGUAGCUAACCUGGACCACGUCAAGAAGCUCAGCACUGACAUGAACUUGAUUGUGGAGGUGCUGAGGUCUUUACCGUUAGUCCAAGUGGAUGAGAAGGGAGAAAAAGUGAGGCCAAAUCAGAGUCGUUGCAUUGUGAUCCUGCGGGAAAUACCGGAGUCCACGCCUGUAGAAGAAGUAGAAGCACUAUUUAAAGGAGACAAUUUACCGAAAUUUAUAAACUGUGAAUUUGCCUAUAACGAUAAUUGGUUUAUUACGUUUGAAACUGAAGCUGAUGCACAGCAGGCUUACAAGUAUCUACGAGAAGAAGUCAAAACUUUUCAAGGAAAACCAAUUAAGGCACGGAUAAAAGCAAAGGCAAUAGCUAUAAACACAUUUUUGCCAAAGAAUGGAUUUAGACCUCUGGACAUGAGCCUUUACGCGCAGCAGCGCUACACAGCCUCCUUUUACUUGCCUCCGGUCUACAGCCCCCAGCAGCAGUUCCCCCUGUACAGCCUGAUCGCCCCCCAGACGUGGUCGGCGACACACAGCUAUCUCGACCCCCCCCUGGUGACUCCGUUUCCAAAUACUGGAUUUAUAAAUGGGUUUACGUCUCCAACCUUCAAACCUGCAGCCUCUCCUCUGACUUCCCUCAGACAGUACCCUCCACGAAGCAGGAAUCCUAGUAAAUCUCAUCUACGCCACGCCGUUCCCACCGCAGAGAGAGGAGCUGGGCUAUUAGAAAGCCCUUCGAUAUUUAACUUCACCGCUGAUCGGCUAAUUAACGGUGUUCGAAGCCCGCAGACACGGCAGACAGGUCAGCCUAGAACACGGAUACAGAACCCUCCGACCUACACCAAGAGGGAGGUUGGGUCUGGCCGAGUGGAGCAGAGCAGCGCGGAGUCGCCUCCUGGCUUAGGGAGAGGGAGGAAGAAUUCCUUUGGCUACCGGAAGAAACGGGAGGAGAAGCUGACAAGGAGUCAAACUCAGUCUCCAACGCCACCAAAGCCCCCGUCCCCGAGCUUCGAGUUAGGACUGUCCAACUUCCCUCCGUUGCCUGGGGCAGCAGGCCACCUGAAGACAGAGGACCUGUUUGAAAACAGGCUGUCUAGCUUGUUACUAGGGUCCUCGAAAGAAAGGAGCCUAAACGCGGAUGCAGGCACGAGCACGCUUCCCGCGGUGACCCCCAGAGAGCCCUUGGUGCCGGCUCCCUGUGCCGCGUCUGCAGCCUAUGGGCGCUCCCCCUCCCCCGUCCGGCUGCCGGAGGAUCCCAAGAUGGUGGAGAAGCAGAGAGAAGCCUCGAGUGUGGACAGACUUCCUUCUGCCCUAACUGCAACGGCCAGUAAGUCGGUGCAGGUGAACGGCGCUGCCACGGAAUUGCGAAAACCCAGCUACGCGGAGAUUUGUCAGAGGACGAGUAGAGAGCCUCCGUCUUCCCCGUCGCAGCCGCCGAAAGAACAGAAGCCCAACGCCGUCGGCUGCGGGAAGGAAGAAAAGAAGCUCGCCGAGAGAGAGCCCCCCGCCCCCAAGUCCAACCCGGGACCACCCAAAGACCAGAGGAGGCCACCAGGCCGCCGGCCCUCGCCCCCGGCCGCCGGGAAGCGUCCACACAGAGAACAGAGCACCCCUCCCAAGUCCCCUCAGUGAGCGCCGAGGUCUGGGAGGGCUGUGAGGAGCUGGGGUCGCCACAACGAAGCACUGCCCCCCUCGGGGCCAAGAAUGAGCCGCUGGUUAGGGGCUUGCAGCGUAGACAAGGCCGGUGAGGUGCCUGCAAGUGAUUUUUCUUCCAUGAGUCAGAUUUCCCCCCUCUUGAAAAAAAUCUAUUUUUCAGGAUUUAAUUAAUAUAAACCUUAUUUUAGGUUGGUGCUUAACUGGAGGUGAUGCAUAAGUCUGAUUUUUUUCAGGAUAGAAAAUGCAUUUAUCCUAACAAAUUGAUAUUUUUAUUAAGCCUCCAUGUGGCUAUGAAUGCAAGCUAUAUAUAGUGAGUUUUUCUAAAUUAAGCGGAACUAUGCUCCUUCUUUUUUUAAAAUAACUGGUUAGCAAGUGCAUUCCUCUGCGAUGUCCAGACCGAUGCGUGGGCUGAGGACGGCCGGGAUGGAGGGUGGACGUGACACGGUCCGUGUGGCCCGGAGAAGAGAUGGGGUCCGGUCGCGCCCUCGCUGGCAUGGGAGUUGUACUUCAUUCAGAACCUUAGCAAGUGACGCUAGUGUUUUUGUUUUUGUUUUUGUUUUUGUUUUUAAAAAAGUAUAGCCCGUUUUUGAUCUACUGGGCGAGAUGCACCCAAGAGAGCCCUGAAACCUUGAGUUUUGAUGUGCUGCAAGCAAGUAACCAGCCGCUCACUCCUGGCUCACAUGGCUGUUGUGUAAGAUAGAGUCAAAGCACAUUGUGAAUAGAACUGAAAUGAAAACAUAAACCUGGUUGCCCACUGACGUGUCCCCGCGAAAAUGUGCCCUGAUGUUGUCUUGCUCAUGGGAGCUGCGGGGUGGGCGUGGGUGCUGGCGUGGCUCCCGCGUCUGUCCCCUGUUAGCCGGCUCCGUGGGCGCCUUCCUGGACCUCCGCGGCGGCACACAGUGGAAGUGUUCCUUAAGUCGUGAGAGAGCGGUGUCUGUGGUGCCCUCGGCGGCGAGGCUCGCCGUUCCUCCAAGAUGAGGGUCUCCGUGACCCUCUGGAAGUGCUGCGCUCAACACCACGCAUGCACUCACGCUAGCAGUUCAUAAUAAAGUUAAAUAUAAAUUAUUUUGUUUUAAAAUGCCUAAAUUUUUUCUUGAAGUAUUCUGAGCAGCAGACAUUAAAACAUUUCCUGCUAAAUGUAACCAUACAGUUUAUUCUACAGAAAGUUAUUUAACAAGACUGAGGGUUCUUUUUAAAACAUUAUUUCCAUCCAAUAUUUAAAGACUUGAAUUUUAUUUAAACUUGAAAAUGACUUUGCCUUAACUUUUGUAUAAGACAGCUUAGAGUUGGUGGAGACUGGCCCCUGGGUUGGCGCGAGUGGGUCACAGAGCCGCUCGGUUGGGUGGGGCUGCCGCCGCGGGUGUCGCUGAGUGCACGCUCUGUAGCACAGGGCCUGGCAGUGGCGUCUGUCAUAGACCCGAAGAUCUUCAACAGUUGACCUUUUUCAGAUGGUUGGGAAAUCCUGUAAAUGCAGAUGGUCAAUGCUGUAUUACAUACGUGCACCUGGGAGUGUGUGCUUUGCUUGUACAGUUGUAAAUAAUCAGAACAUAUUAAAAAGGUACCCUACAGAGAAAAAUCUGAUAAAAAUUAUUGAUAUAUUAUAAAUGUUGCUAUUGAGCUGGAUGUAGAUAAACUAAAUGUUGUGGUUUGAAUAUUAUUUUAAUUUGUUGAGGUGUUUUUCUUUUUCUCUGAUGCUGGUCUGUUGGUCUGAUUCUGCCUCUUUGCUGCUGCAGAAGGGAAAUGGAAAGUCCCAGCAAAGCCUUCCGACGUUUUCCUGCUCUUCUCACAGGUCUGUAAAUACGCACUAAUCAUAGCUAAUGUGAAAGCAGAAUGUAGGAAGCAGAAACUGGCAGGGGCUUCAGGAGACGGUAAAGAUAAUCUACUUAAAAUCAGAACGAGCACAGUUCGCCCUGCCAGAGGGGCGCCCGCCCCGGUGCGCGGGACCGUCUCCUCAGAGAAGCCGUCAGGACUCGAGUGCCCGCAGCACACCGUGCUAGCAUGAGAGGAGCGAGGGGGUUUCUUUUUCUGUAGGCGAGGGAUUGCGGACUUAAGAAAUCAGGAAUUACUUGACCUCUGACGCCCCGACUCCCACGAGUGCUGUAAGGAGAGCUGGAAAGUUGAGGCCCAAGAUGUCCUGCCUGCGGUGGUCUUUGCCGGCGGAGGGAGCGGACGCAGUCUGCCUCCGUCCCCCACCCCCCGUCCGCAGACCCCGUGGAGCUGACACCGCUAGCGCCAGCUGUAGCCGUCCCCCGCAGGCAGGGUGAAGGUGGCCAGUAGUGACAGCCAGCGGGGCCCGACCAGGCCCCGGGGGCGGCUGGUGCGCGGGAGCGGCGUGGCCUGGCGGUCUGGCCCCGCGCUGCUGCCCCGCGGCCCCGCCGGUGGCGUCCAGGGUCGCGGCUCGCCUGCGGGGGUGUUUAUAGCGCCCUUCCCAGUGAAGCCAAGAUGAUCCGCGAAGUAGCUGCGUCUCGUGUCUGCGCACCAGCGUUCAGAGCACGGGGCACUUUCCGCUCACGGAAGGGCGGCCCUGCUAGAGGAGGCUGGGAGACGGCGGCGGCCAGCGGUUGGAGGCGCUUGUCCGUCUGUAGAAGCAGAAGUCUUUGCUUUCCCCGCAGCGUCUCAGGGCGAGGAGUCAGAGAGACAGCACUCACAAAUGACAUGUAACUUGUGAAAUCGUGUGGGGACACUUGCAAUUUGGAAAUAGAGGGAGGAGAAUCUCGCCCCGUUUCACCAGACAUGAAUUUCCGUAGAGUAGUUGCUUUUUAAGAGUUGGGGUCCCGAUGUUCCUGGUCUGGCCCGCCGGUCCCCGCAUCACUGACUGUCACUAGCGGGCAGCAGUGGACGCUUCAGGUGGCCGAGUCGGCCAGGGUCGCGCGGUUUGCACGUACGAGCUGGUUCGGCGUGCUGCCAGAGCCGCGGGUGAGAAGGUGCGCGUCUGCGCCUGCCGCCAGCGGCUGUGGUCGCGGCUCGUGCGCCUGGGGGCCUGUCCCCUGGAGCGGCAGACAAUCCAAGCCGGAGGUGGGGCCGGCAGCCGCCAGGCCACGGAGCGGGACGUAAUCCGGAAGCUUUCUGGAGGGCCUUUGUUUCUGUUCUACUUCUUUUCAUUAAGACUGGAAUCAAGCUUACGUGUAAACUAUUGAUAAUUUAAGUUUCCUUUUGUGUCAUUCAGUGUAAAACUGUCUAAUUUGGAAAAAAUGUAGGUUAUGAAAAAUAAAGAUUUAGGCACUGUUCAA